AUGGCGGCGUUUCCUCGACUUCAUUCCAUGUCGACUCUCAUUUCUAACUCUCAUUUCUCUGGAGUGGAAAGUGGAGACACUUCCAAAGAAGCACAUGGAUUCCUCCUUCGCCGGAAGCCUGCAUGGAAGUUUAAAAGAGCAGCAGCUGGAGGAAGAGGACGACGAAGCCCCGAUCGUGCGACGACGACGGCGAGGAAACCGCCAUGAACGACGCCAGCGCCGAGAUCGACGAGCAUGUGUCCAGGCAGGCUGCGCACGACUGGGCCCAUCUGGACCCCAGGUAAGUUCCGGGCAUAAUACGCUCUGUCUCCCUCUCUCCGUGUCAGUCGCUGACCCCCCUGCCAGCCGCUGGUGGUUCGCGUCGUCGGCCUUCCCCAUGAUCGCCGGCACGCUGGGGCCCGUCGCCUCCGCCUUCAGCAUUUGCGCGCUCGUGAAGCCGUGGCGGCAGAGCUACCCGCCCGGCGCCAGUGUGGACUCGGCCCCCUUCGUCCGGGACCCUCCCUGGCUGACCGCGAUCAACGCCGUCCAGCUGGCCGUCGCCCUUCUUGCCAACAUGGCCCUGCUCCUGAACAUGGCCCGUAGGCUCAGCUUCUCCAUUGCGCAGCCCAUCACCAUCGUCGGCUGGUACAUCUCGUCCCUCGCCCUGGUCGCCCUCACCGCCACCGCCGCGGGGCCGCUGGUCAUGCAGCCGGCCGACGACUUCAUCUGGUCACAGGCCUUCUACUACGCCAUCUACUCGGCCGUCCUCUACUUCCUGGUCGCCUCUCUCAUGGUUGUCACCUACAUGGGCGCCCAGACCGGCCACUAUCGGAAGGAGUUCAUGCUCACGCCGAGCCAGCGGACCCUGAUGAUGCAGACCAUCAUGUUCCUUAUGUACCUGCUCGUCGGCGCUCUGGUGUUCGGCAAAAUCGAGGGCUGGACAUACCUCGAUGCCGUGUACUGGGCCGCCGUGACCCUGUUCACCGUCGGCUUCGGUGACUUCUACGCCAACACGACCCUCGGACGUGCGCUGCUCAUGCCCUAUUCGCUGAUCGGCAUUGUCAGCCUCGGCCUCGUCAUCGGCUCUAUUCGUAGCCUCGUUCUCGACCGCGGCAAACGGCGUCUCGGUGCGCGAAUGGUGGAAAAGAGCCGCCGCAGGACGCUGCGCCACAUGACGCGGAAGGGGACUGACGACAUCCUCGUGCCCAUCAGGGACGACCCGCUGGGCCUGACGUCCGUCCGCACCGACACGUUGGGCCUGACCGAGUUCGAGCGGAGAGAGCGCGAGUUCAAGCUGAUGCGCAAGAUACAGGAAAAGGCGGCCCACCGCCGGCGCUGGGUUGCCAUGGGUGUGUCGACCAGCACCUGGUUGGUGUUGUGGUUGGCCGGCGCCAGGGUGUUUCAAGCGUGCGAAGAGAGAUACCAAGGCUGGACCUACUUCAACGGGCUCUACUUUGCCUUUGUCAGCUUGACCACCAUUGGUUACGGAGAUAUGACCCCUGUGUCCAACGCGGGCAAGUCCUUCUGGGUCUUCUGGGCCCUGCUCGCGCUGCCGACCACGACCGUGCUGAUCUCCAACGCCGGGGAUACCGUCGUCAAAGCGAUCCGUGACGCCACCGACCAAAUCGCCACAGUGACCAUCCUCCCCGGCGAGCUGGGGUUCAGGAGGGAUCUCAAGCGGCUGCUGCGGACGCUGUCGUGCGGCAUCUUGUUCGAAGAAGACAUCGAAGACGAUCCCCCUGGCUUCCUCGGUCAGUCCCAGCGUCUAAAACCGAACGUCACCAAUGGCGCCAACGGCGCCCACCAGGACGACGACGACGCCCAGGAAACCAUGCAGCAGGACGAAGCCGACCUCGAGGCCGAAAGCGCUGACUCGUCUCGAACCAAACAGAAACGCGCCGAGCGCGACCAAUACGACGAAGACCACUCGCAGCAAAUCGAGGCCAACGCCGCCGAAGAGACCUACACUUCCCGGCGCAGCCGCAAGCCCAGCCCGGGCCCUAAUCCAUCAUCAUCCAACAACCACAUCACCUUCUCCACGCCUUCGACCCCCACCCGGCCGUCAUCAUCAUCCCACCUCGCAAGAUCGAGAACAUCCCUAUCCAACAACAGCAACAACCCCCACUUCCACCACUUCCACCACCUCCACCACGCACAGUCCUUCCCCCGCCGGCACCUUCCCCCGAUCCCGACCUCUCGGCACGAGUACCGCGUCGUGCUGGUCGACGAGAUCCGCCGCGUCGCCCAGCACCUGCGCCACCGCCCGCCCCGCAAGUACACCUUCCACGAGUGGGCCUGGUACCUGCGCCUGAUGGGCGAGGACGAGGCCGACGCCGAGCGCCACCGCAGGCCGAACCCGCACGUCCACCACGGGAAGCGCGACCGGGAGCGGGAUCGGGACAGGGAGCGGGAGCGGGACCGCCUGGUUGCGGGGUCGCGGAGGAAGGCUGGUGGGGAGCUACCGGGUGGUACUGCUGCUGCUGCUGCUAAUGGUGAUGGUGGUGGUGGUAACGGAGGAGGCGGGGGAGAGGGUCGGGGCGAGGGAAAGGGAGAGGAGGAGUCGCAUCCGCUUCCCUGGAGCUGGGUCGGGAGUAGGAGCCCGCUGAUGGGCUCGCAGGAGGAGGCCGAGUGGAUUCUGGAGCGGCUGAUUGCGAGGUUGGCCGAGGAGUUGAGGGCCGAGGCGGAGAGGGCUGGCAGGGAGGAGGGGUCGGCUGGAUAGGUCUGCGAUUAGGGGGAGGGGGCAGGGGAGAGAGGAGAGCAAACAUGUGUUCUGCGUUGCAAUAGGCGUUCGGUGCGGGCCGGCUGGUACGGCACGUUGGGUACAUGAGGGAAUAUCGGGAUGCUACAAAGCCGGAAUAAUCACAAUUGGGCUACUCCGUCGGUAGAGAAGCGGAGUUGGAUACAAGCUGUUUACCUAACCUUCACUACAUCCUGAAUACGCUCUGUCUCUCUAGUUUACUUUUCUUUCUUG